CUUCUUAUGAUAUAGACUCAACCAAACGUUUUCUCGAUGCAGAUCAAAGUGAAAGUAGAAUCAUGUUGAAGAUUUUUCAGAAAGCAUGCCUGCAGUUAGUUUCUUUGGACACCAAGCUGCUGGCAGUGUCUGGUACUAGAUCGAUGUCACUGAAGUGGAAGGAUACAGAAGACCAUGAAGACUCGGAGGAACUCGGUCAGGUCUAUGGAGGGUUUGGUUACAAGAGGAAAAGGAAACCUGAGGUCACGUACCAACAAAGCAUCAAGUACCUCGACAGUGCUGCAUUUAGAAAAGCCUACGGGACAAACAGAGUAUGGAUGAGAUACAAAAGGAAUUAUAAAGGGAACAUAAUGCCUAAGCCUCGGUACACUUGUACUCAUAAGGGUGUUUUUCUGACAAACAACCCAUGUCCAGUGUGCCGAGAUGUUUAUCUGGUGGUUGACCACAGGAAUCCUAGACUCUUAAAGGAGUUCUUAGAUGCCAACUCAAUCCAGGUCUCUGACAACAGGAAGACAGGAGUUUGCUAUAAACAGCAGAGAAAUCUGAUCAGGGAAACUGAGCUGGCCAUUGAGAGAGGGUACAUGGAGGGUAACCUGCCGUUCCGGGGAUAUGACAUGGACUAUUACAGAUCUUUGCUAAACAAGCCAGAAGAGACACAAAAGACAGAUGUUCCAUUUAAAAUCUUGAAUCCAGAGUUACUGCCAUAUAAUAUAACAAAGAAAGAUGGUAAAGCAAGGAGGGAAGAGAGGCAAAAGAAACUCAAAGAGGACAUGGAAAAUAUUAAAAUCUGAGAAGUUUUUGAUGAAAUGUUUUUAUUGCACACACACACACACACAUGUACUUCUGAAAUGUUUUUGGAGUGCUUUUUACCAUCUAGUGUACAUUCAGGCAGAAGAUGUGUCUUUAAUUUAUUUGCUGUUUGAAAAUAUGACUGAAGAUUUUUUGUGAUUAACUUCCAAAGAAACAUGUGAGGGAACAUGUGAGGGAAUUACAAACAACAAAUUACAAAGACCCUCGAUACAUUACACACUAAAGAGUUCUAAUUUUUUUGCACUGCAGUAUUUUUAUGCAGUUAGAGUGAUCUGCCCUUAGGUAGAAAAGAAGCUAAAUUGAAAUUCCUGUAUUAUUCAAUUUUUAAUCAGUUCAAGCAUUCUUCAAGUUCUUAGCAUUUUUUUGGCAAAGAUAAAUUUAUUGAAUAUUAUUUGAUUUGUGCCUGUUUAUUUUUUCCCCACAUUAUUAAGCAUCAAUACUUUAUUGUCUUUGAAUUUUUUUCCUGGAGGUAAACGGCUGAUAUUCUAUGUUGAAAAUGAAAUAAAUAAAUACAACCUUUAUGCGAUA